GACUGUGCUGGCAAUUGCUGGAGAAGACUUUUCUAUCGUUGCCUCUGACACUCGACUGAGUGAAGGUUAUGCAAUCCACUGCCGGGACAGUCCAAAAUGCUACAAACUAACCGAACAGACGGUCAUUGGAUGCAGUGGUUUCCAUGGUGACUGCCUUACCCUUACUAAAAUUAUUGAAGCAAGAUUAAAGAUGUACAAGCAUUCCAAUAACAAGACCAUGACUACUGGGGCUAUUGCAGCAAUGCUGUCUACAAUUCUGUAUUCUCGACGUUUCUUUCCUUACUACGUUUACAACAUAAUUGGUGGACUCGAUGAAGAAGGGAAGGGAGCAGUAUAUAGCUUUGAUCCAGUUGGCUCAUACCAGAGAGAUUCUUUCAAAGCAGGUGGAUCAGCGAGUGCCAUGCUGCAGCCCUUGCUUGAUAACCAGAUUGGCUUCAAGAACAUGCAGAAUGUGGAACACGUACCUCUGACCCUGGAAAAGGCUUUGCAGCUGGUUAAAGAUGUCUUUAUUUCUGCUGCUGAGAGAGACGUGUACACUGGGGAUGCACUGAAGAUUUGCAUUGUCACAAAAGAUGGAAUUAAAGAGGAAACUGUCCAAUUACGAAAAGACUAAUUCAGUUGUUAUGAGCAUGUAAUCUUUGAUGUACAAUUUACCUGUAUUAUGAAGACACUUGUCUUAUUAAAUUUUUUUCAAGUUCAA